AUGUCGUCACCAUUCAAAAACAUUCUCAUCGUCGGAGCUACAGGCUCUAUUGGCUCUAUCAUGCUAGGAGCCCUGACCAAAGAACCCUCAUUCCAAGUCAGUGUUUUGCAACGAUCAUCAUCCAAGGGAAAGCUCCCUGCCAACGUCAAAAUCAUCACCAUUGAUGAUUCGUACCCUUCUGAUGCACUGGUCUCCGCAUUCUCUGGCCAAGAUGCUAUCGUUAACUGUAUGACAUCUUUAGCCGUCAGCGACCAACUACGUUUCGUCGACGCUGCAGUCGAUGCCAAGGUCAGACGCUAUGUCGCAUCUGAAUACGGCCUAAACAACAACAACCCCGACGCCAGAGCCUUGAAUUCAGUCUUUCGCGAGAAGGGCGAAGUCCAAGAUUAUCUCAGAUCGAAAGAGUCCACAGGUUUGGAGUGGAUGGCCAUCGGUUGCGGCAUGUGGCUCAAAUGGAGCGCACUCCAUGACUUCCUCGGAAUGCACAUCAAAGAGAAGAAGUUCGUGUUCUGGGAUGAUGGCAAUGGCUGGUUCAGCACCACUACUGAGGACAACACCGCCCUAGCAAUGGUGAACGCCUUGAGCAAGAAGUGGGAAGAGACAAAGAACAGGGUCGUGUGGCUAAGCGACUUUGCCAUCACUCAAAACAUGCUUCUUGAGGCCAUCGAGCGUAUUAGUGGCGAGAAGAUGACUGUCGAGAGGGUUGAAAGUAGCCAGCUCAUCAAGGAGAAGCAGGCUGCAGUGGCGGCGGGAGAUCCAUAUGCCAUUUACUCACUGAUCGAAACUGGGUUUGUUACUGGCAAGUUUGGUAGCCAUCUGGAGAAGGAAGGAGAAAUUAUGAAUGACAUCUUGGGAUUGCCCAAGAAGGACUUCGACGAAGUCGUCAAGGCGGCUCUGCAAGCUGUUGCCGGGGCGUAG